AUGGCUUUGCUCACAUAUGGAGAAGACCAUAGAGGGACACCAACUAACAUUGCUUGUUACGAAGAAAAAUCUUUCCGAACACGUUCGCAUGUGCACAUCACCCCCGACAAAAUGAUCCGACCAUACUUAUUACAAGCAGGAUUUGGUCAUGUUAUUAACAUAACAUCCUACGGUGUUGAUAGAAAAUUUAUUCUUGCCUUAUGCGAGAGGUGGAGACCCGAAACACACACGUUCCAUCUCCCAACCGGUGAAUGCACUAUCACUCUGGAGGAUGUCCAUAUGUUAUUAGGAUUACGUGUUGAUGGCUUGGCGGUAGUAGGGCAGACUAAUGUGGCCUACUCUAAGGCUCAAGAACUAUUAGGGGUAGAGUUGACAGACUCGGAUAGAAAAGGCCAAAGCAUUAAGAUGACAUGGCUUAAGGAAAACUACGACGCUCUUGAAUUAAACCAGAAUUCCAGCAUCGAAGACAAACUUAGAAAAACUAGAAUGUAUAUUUUAUUGCUUUUUGGUAGCUUGUUGUUUGCAGAUACUAACGGUAAUACUGUACAUAUUCAAUUUCUACCAUUAUUAGAGAACUUAGAUAAAAUAUGUAGGUACAGUUGGGGGGCUGCAACUUUGGCACAUCUAUACCGAAAUUUGUGUAGGUGUGCUAAAAAAAAUGUGAAUAAUUUUGCUGGCUGUGGAGUACUACUUCAGGCUUGGGGGUGGUCCAGAAUGCCAACACUGGCACCAAUAAAUCCCAACCCUUUCCAAUUUCCAUAUGCAACCAAGUGGUCUGCAUAUGGCAUGAAUUAUGAAAAGACCCCCCAUCAUUGUGCUCCUGGUUACCGGGCGUUCUUCGAUCAUUUCGAACCGACUGAUGUACUAUAUAACAAUCUCAACUACUACUUUUUAUCUUCAACACAUUCCUGA